CGUUUUAGUGUUUGCAGCUUCCAAUCUGUUUCGACUGACGAUUUAGAUAUUGCUGCGCGACAGAUGGACUUUCGUUGCCGUGACGAUAUCGGCAGUUAACCGGUCCUCACACCUGGGGAAGGGACAGACUCGGACCCAAAUCAGUGUGGUGUCAGAGGCCUUCUUCAGAGUCAGAAGGAUAGUCUCGGUUCUUCACAAAUUUCAAACUUUAUUGACACUUCACUUUCCAUGCUUACAAUGGCGUCACCACGGGACAAGGGGAACAACUCCGAGAAACAGAUGGGAGAGGAUCGUGUCGGCACUGUCAUGUUGUUUAGCGUUCCUAUUGUUUGCUUACAUAUUGACAACAAAGAAAGACUCUGUCUUGCUCAAAUUUCCAACACAAUCUUGCGGGAUUUCAGUUACAACGAGAUCCAUAACCGCCGUGUUGCUCUGGGCAUCACAUGUAUGCAGUGUUCUCCCUCACAACUAGAGAUCCUCAGACGCACAGGAGCCAUGCCAGUGUCAUCCCGCCGGUGUGGGCUCAUCACGAAACGGGAGGCGGAGAGGCUAGUCAAAUCUUUCAUUGAGGACAUUCCACCCCCAAGACUUCCUGAGGACUUUGCCUUCAAAGUGAGUCACGCUUGUGGAUGGGGAUCUAAAGGACUCUUCAUGCCUUCCCGAUACAACAGCUCCCGAGCAAAGUGCAUUAAGUGCCUCACCUGCGACGCAUAUUUCUCGCCCAAUAAGUUCAUAUUCCAUUAUCACAAACUUGCAGGAGGAGAAUACAAACACCCGGAUGCAGCCAACUUUAAUUCGUGGCGCCGCCAUCUUGUUUUGGCAGACGACAACCCGUCUGAGACAUUAAUGCAUGCAUGGGAGGAUGUGAAAGCUAUGUUUAAUGGCGGUUGUAGGAAGAGGUUCUCCAGCAGCAGUAGGUCGUUAUCGUCAUCGUUCAUGCCCCGGUCUGAAGUUGCUGAUGUUGGCCCUACAGAUUCACCUUUCCAACGACUAGGUAGUAAUCCAUAUUUUGGUGCCUUCGUCCCACCAACAAGCCGGACACAUUCAGCUUUCCCGAACCCCAUGUUCGGAAGGAUCACCUCAUACGGAGACUAUUUGAGAUCUCUGAGCCUCCCUUACAACAAUCCGUGGACAGGAAAAUUGGAUUUUCCUCAGUCACCCCAUAACGUUCCGGCUCAUGGUGGCAAACCCGAACAGUAUGGACUACCAGGACACGGUUCCUGUCUACCAUUGAAUAUCCCUUACCCCGCCCCCAGGAACUGGCCUGAUGGACACCUCCUGCCAGCGCCUUCGGGCAUGGCUCCCGUGUCAUCAUCAAUGACGUCAAUGUCGGCGCUGCCGUCACAGCCGUGUUUUCCGGAGAAAGUCGAGCUAGCCAACAAGAAAAGGGUUGAGCCGUCGAACAAAAUAGAAGUCGAGCCUGAAUCAAGUACUGAAAGCACAGACUUAGGGAGUGAGGAACCAUCACCGGCCAAGAAACAGAGACUGACCACUACAGAACCUGACAGCAGCAUCGACGUGGAGAAGAAUGACCUCGACCCUGGGGCGCGUUUUGCCGAUAACGUCACUGAUGAAAGUGCAAGUGAUGACAAAGAUGUAAUUGAUGUUGAAACAACUGAUGCAAAGGAGGAGGAGGCAAAAUCUAAAGAACCGACGGAGGAGGAUGUAACGAACAUGGCAGCUGCUGAAGUUGACUUGGAUGGGGGCCUGGACACAGAGCACCUCCAGCUGAUGCCAAUAGAUUCUCUGCGGAACGCCGUUUCAAAGGCGAUGACUCAGCGGAGAGUUGCUGAGAAAGAUCACAAAAAGAUUCAGAACAUGCUGCGGCUCAGAGCCCUGAAGGAACUGGAACUGAGAGAGGAAUUUGCCAGGCAGUUCUGCUCGAUCAAAGAGAACCUGUGGUCGGAGAUCGAACAGGAGAGGACCGCCAAGGGGGCUCUGGAAGAAAAACUGAAAGAGACUCGCCAACUUCUCCAGCGGCUGUCACGACACAUGCCAGAAUCCGUUCUUCUCCCAUCCUGUAAAUAGAGCACUUCAGACAGGAUGCUUCGAUCAUGGCUGUAAAUACUUCAUGCAUGACAGCAAUAACUUGCAUGUCGGUGAUCACAAGGACACUCCUUACUGAGGUCAUGUCAACGAGGAAACUCCAAACUUCAACUUUGGCUAGGCAGGAAGAAACUCCUCACUUCAACUUUGGCUAGGCAACAGGGCCUUUAAAUACUUGUGGUAUUGUCAGGUUUCGGUGUAAAGGUGAUGUAAAAUGGUACAGCACCAAGAGCACACCUUGCUUGGAACAUUUGUUAGACAGCAAGGCCUUUUUGGUACUUAGGCUAUUGUCAUGUUCGAUGAUGUAAAAUGGUACAGCAGAAAGAAUACACCUUACUUGGAACAAUGUCAUGACAACGACAACAAUCUCCUUCUUGGAACAAUAUAGUACCAUAAACUUUCCUUUCUUGUAACAGUGUCAAGAUGUGAUGUUCAAGUGCAAUUCAUGUUUGUAUGACAAGAAUUGAACAACCGUUAUUUGUAAGAAAAGAACAAUGGUUACUGGCAAACAUGUGCCGGCUUCAGGAACAACCGUUACUUUCAGCAAUGCCAUGACAACAAGAAAACUCAGUUCCUGGAGACAUGUCAUGGCAGCAAUAAGACUUCUACUUCAGCAAUGUCAUGUCAUCCCGUUCAGCCGUUACUUGCAGCAUUUCCAUGACAAUGAAAUAACUAACUGCCUGGGACAUGACCCGACAAGAACAGCGCAAAGUUGUAACAAUUGUAUCAUAGCACGAAUUGUCAACAUGAUACCUCGGUCACGAACAAGUGGCUUCAUGAUAAUA